AUGGAUGCUACAGGUAGCAAACGACCUCGUAGCCAUGGAAUAACAGACAAGCAACCUUUUGUAUCUCCCUAUGUUGAAAUCUCAGGGGACAGUUGUGAAAAUGCAAACUGUUCUCAUUUGCCUUCAAGGGCAGGAUCCGUCAACAGUUUUCUUCAAGAAGCGGAAAUCAUAUCGCCAGCAUCCGAAAUUCGUACAACGAAAGCUCAUGAUCUUAUGCGAAAAAAAUUACGAUACUUUUUUAUGAACCCGAUCCAAAAAUGGAGAGCGAAAGGCCGUUUUCCGUGGAAACUUUGUUUGCAAGUUGUAAAAAUAGUCGUCGCAACUGCGCAGCUGAUAUUAUUCGGCUUGCAUAGUUACAGGUAUGUUAGACAACAUCUUGAUAUGACAACGGCCCUGAGUCGUAUUUUAUUGAAAGAUUGGGCUGCCGAUGUAACUGUGUAUCCUCCUAGUAGUGGACCCUAUGCUGUUUACACUAUUCCCGGCUUUUAUGAGAACAUCGAUAACAUUAUUAGACAAUUUUCAAAAAUUAGUUCAAUGUCCAUAGCUCCUUAUUCUUACGAUUCUGCAAAUGGAUCUUUAACUUCUUUGUUUUUUUGUGCUAAACAAUACAAUGGUGAGCUCUAUCCUGAAAACUCGACCAUAGAAAUACAUGAUUUACCUCAAGAACAUUGUGAAACAAUCCCACCUUUAUACCCAGCUAACAGUCCUUUAUGGGAUACAUUUUCAUUAGAGGAUUAUUUAAAUCAGACUGAUUUCUCAUUGAAUUUUAGGAUGCUGGUAAAUGCUCAGCUACGUUUCAAGUUACGGACUGUGUUUAUUAAAUCCAUGACAAAGUUGGAUGUUCCUGAAUGUUAUCAACUCCACAUAAUCAUUACAUAUGAUAACAGCGAACAUGAUGGUCAAGUUUUAAUAUCCAUGAAAAUACACUCAACGCAAGUGUUGUGUCACAUUGAUUCCAAAGUACCAGAUAAAGGAGAAAAUGCCAGUUACCUGGGAAGACAAGUUUUAAACAGUUUCGUAAUACUCUUAUGCUUGGUUUCUGUUAUCUUGUGUGUCAGAUCUUUGUUCCGUGGAUACAUGCUAGGGCGUGAAACUGUAAAGUUUUUCAAAUCUUAUUUUAGCAAAGACAUACCAACCUGGGAGUUUAUCGAUUUUCUAGAUUUUUGGUACAUCAAUAUUGUGAUAAGUGACAUUAUGCUUAUUUUUGGAUCAUUGAUUAAGUUACAAAUUGAAGAAAAAAGUGCUCACCGCAGUGAAUUUUCCAAAUGUACAAUUCUUCUUGGUGUUGGAAAUUUGCUCAUAUGGGUUGGGUUGUUACGAUAUUUAGGCUUCUUUCCUAAAUACAAUAUGCUCAUUCUGACCGUGAAAAGGGCUUUGCCAAACGUUAUGCGCUUUACUCUCUGUGCUGUGUUGUUAUAUUUGGGGUUUUGUUUUUGCGGGUGGUUGGUUCUAUCGCCAUAUCACAUCAAAUUUGAAACGUUGAGCAGAACAUCUGAAUGUUUAUUUGCCGUCAUGAAUGGUGAUGAUAUGUUUGCUACUUUUGCCCUGGUGGAUACAGGAAAUCAUUUGAUUUGGUGGUUUAGUCGUUUUUAUUUAUAUUUAUUCCUCUUGUUAUUUGUAUAUGUUGUUAUAUCCCUAUUUAUUUCUGUGAUAAUGGAUACAUUUGAAACUAUUAAGUUUACAUAUAUGCAUGGUACUCCCCCUCAAACCGUGGUGGAGUUUUUCCUUUCUGCAGAAUCAAGCUCAGUAUUUUCAAAUGAAGAAGAGAUGGAUGAAUUAGAGCUUCCAGAAACAAGUUCUUUAGUGCACUUGUGGUUCAAGUUCAAAUCAUACUUUCAGUAUCGUUUCCGUUUGUAAAAAUUAUAUUUCAUAGCAUGUACAUAAGGAAGUUGAAGCAUCUCUGUUGUCUAUAAGUUUGGUUUUAAUUCAU